AUGAUGUUCCCAAAUCCAUUGGGUUCCCAUUCUGGUAUACAUAAAAUAGGGUGUAUAUAUUAUACUGUUGCAGCCUUACCACCUGAAUAUUUGUCAUCUUUAAAUAAUAUAUUUACAGCAUUUUCAUUUCAUUCUUCAGAUCGUGGGAUAAUCAAAGUACCCAAUAAAAUCAUGUUUUCUCGUCUUAUCAAUGAACUAAUUGAUCUUCGGACAAAUGGAAUUUCUGUAUGUGUUGACAAUACUUACACCACUAUAUUCUUUGCACUAGAGUUAGUCUUAGGAGAUAAUUUGGGAUUAAACUCUAUCUUGGGUUUUGUCGAAAGCUUUUCUGCAAAUCAUUACUGUAGGAUUUGUCGUUGUCCAAAACCAGAACUACAGAAAAUGUUAAGUGAAUCUUUUCAAUCAUUAAGAAAUUAA